AUGACUCCAUCGAACGAAUUGUUAUUAUCUGAAGCGCUUACAGAUGAUGACUUUCAGAAUAAUAACGCUAAAAGUUCACAUUCACUAAUUAUUUCUUCGCCGUUAAAGAUCAAACCUGACUCAUCUAUCAUAUCCGAACUUCAAAAAGAAAA